CGGCCCAUUGUCAUGCCUUUGUUUGAUUUCUCUCCCUUUGGGUUGGAGCGAGCCUUCGAACGCUACAAUGGCGUCGAUGAAAUGAGAAGAAUUAUAGAUUGAAGAAUGUCGAAGAAACUGUUUUCAAGGUUGGUCGGUUUAUUCAGCUCUCGAACCUUUAUCGGUACGGACAGGCAUGGCAAUCGAUAUUUCACCCGAAAUGAAGAGGUCGAUGGUAUCUUGAAAGAGAAAAGAUGGGUGAUAUUCAAAGGUGAGGAGGACCCCACCGCCCUUCCAGUUGAGUGGAUAUGCUGGUUAAGUGGCCAGAGAAAGAAAGCUCCAACUCCUGAGGAAAUGAUUGAGCUGGAGGCAAAGCGUGAACGUGUCAAACUUAAUGUUGCACUUCUGAAGAAAGAAGAAGAGGAAAGAAAGGCCAAAGACAGUGCUCGACGACAAAGUGUGAAAACUGUUGGGGGGCCGGACUUGAAAAGUUUCAUGCAGCAGUUUCCCGGCGUUUCCUUUGACAACAGAGGCAAGGAGCCUGAAGAAGUAUCAGAUGCAACGGAUGGCAUCUCAGAUGACAGAUUCAGGAAAUCUGAAACAGCAGAGGAAGGGAGUUCAAUUUCACCUGAUGGUGAACAGCAGCCAAUGUCUACGGAGCCAACAGGAUCCGGUCAAUCCUUCAAACCAGGAACAUGGCAACCUCCGAUGUGAAGACCAAACACAUGGUAGCUUAUUCCAUCAUUAUCAAUAUGUUGAGACAAAACUCUUUUCGGUCAUGGUUCCGUGGAUUUUGGCAGUUGGUACUCGGCAAUCGGAUCCCAGAAAUUGAGAUCUCAACUAAUUUCACGGACAUAGACUCAGCUUAUCAAACUUGCUGGAGCGUUGCUUCAUCCCUUUCCGGCAGAGUAAGCUUAGAUGGAAUUGCUAGCCUUAUGACCUGAGAACUCUUUGAUUUUGAUAGAUGAGUCUUAUUUCAUAUUCAUCUUGAUGAGCUGCAUUCUUUGAGAGCUGAUGCUAUUAUACUACUCAUUCGGAUUUUUCCGCCGAUGAUCUCCUGAUUGAAUUAUCUAUCAUUGUCAGGACACUUGUAUCUUUGGAUGUGUAUGUGAUAUAAAUAGAAGAGAAGCUGCCAUACACCUUGUCAAGUCCUUGAAGAUUGGAUAUGAUUUACUGUGCUUUUUUCAAGUUAUUAUUUGAUGAAAAAUGCUCCAAUGCUCUAUUAGUUA